AUGGAGCGCUUUUUACCCGCCAUUGUUGUGAUUGUGUCACUAACCAGAACUGAUGGCCGUCAUAUUGACCUGUCGCAUCGCAGAUUAGACAAGGUACCGAUUAACAUUUCGUCAACAACAGAGAGCAUGGACUUAAGCUGGAAUCUCCUGAAGGUGAUAUCCAAUUAUACCUUCAUCAAUCUCAACUGUCUGACUUCCUUGGAUCUUUCGCACAACAGACUGUAUCGCCUAGAAUUAGGCGCUUUCAGAGGAUUGUCGAAGCUCUUGUCUCUCAAUCUAAACCAUAACAAUCUUCAACUAACCUACGAUGCCUAUCCUCCUAAUGUCUUUCGUCCACUUCAGCGGUUAGAGACGCUCAAGGUAAUCUACAAUGCUAACACGGACAGGAAAGAUCUUCCAAAUGGAUAUCAAGACCAACGGUUCAGCAGCCUUGAAUUUGUGACAGUGCUUGCCAUUGAUGGCAUUGACGGGCUACCCUUUGGGCGAGGAUUUCUACGCAUGUCUUGUCUGAAGUCUUUACAGGUUAACUUGCUGGGAGCUGUACAGGAAGAAACGCUGGCUGUGUUUGCGAACCUAUCAAUUGAGUCGCUACAUGUCGAGUGCUCAAAGCUUGAAAUUGGCAGCCUACACGUCCUUGUAGCCCAAAACUGCAGAUUUCGACAAGGCUUUUUGCUUGACACUCAUGGUAAAGCCUUUCGAUCUCUUAAGUAUCUAAAAACGCUUGACUUGUCCAACAAUGAUUUAACAACUUUGCACAAAGAUGUGUUUAUACAACUUCUAAACCUUGAAAACUUAAUCCUCAGAAACAACAAGUUAACUGUAAUUCCCGUGGCUGUGCUCAACAUUCAGUGGCUGAGAUAUCUUGAUUUGUCAUUCAAUGUUGUUUCGUCUUUAUCCGCCAAGGAUAUUUGCUGGGUCACAUCUACUCGUUCUUCUCCGAAUAAUAAGUCAGUGACUUUGUCUCUUAAUGAUAACCCCUUCCUCUGUACCUGUGACACGCUUACAUUUGUGCACUUUAUUCAAGACAACUCUCACAAUAUCCUCGAAAAUGGUAGCCUGUCAUGCAGCAUGGGAAAUGGAACAAUGACAAAUAUAAUGAACUUAAAGUCAAAAGUAAAGGAUAUGGAUGUCAGCUGCGUCAGCAAGUUUUGGUUGACAUUUUCUGUUGUUGGAUCCUGUUUGUUAACUCUCUGUGUAAUCUUGGCAAUAUUGGGCUACCGUUACAGAUGGAACAUAAAAUACUGGAUGAGGACAAAAUGUCGUAGAGGCCCUGUAUAUGACGAACUGGCCAUGGAACAUUAUCAAUUUGACGCCUUUGUGGCGUACAAUUCGCAGAAUUACCAGUGGGCCUGUCGUGAUCUACGAAACGUUUUGGAAACUGAGAACAAUUACAAACUUUGCCUCCAUGAUCGUGAUUUCCCUGUAGGUGUCAGCAUACAACAGAACAUUGUAGACGCCGUGAACAACAGCCGGAAAGUCAUCCUGGUGAUCACCAGAACCUUUCUGAGAAGCGACUGGUGUGAGUUUGAAAUUCAAAUGACGGGCAUGCGCAUGGUCAGAGACGGUCGUGAGGACGCCAUUAUUGUGAUCAUGAUGGAAGAGAUCUCGGUGACGGAAAUGCCAAAGUCGUUACUGAAUCUGUGGAAACACAUUACUUUUCUCAUGUGGGAAAAUCAGCAAACGGACGAAGAGGUUUUCUGGGAUCGACUCUUAGAAGUAAUGGCACGCCCUUAA